UCUUUAUCAAGGCUUCGACUUCAGGUGUUUGUCACAGCCAGACCUCAUGAGGAAAAGGAAUGUGGUUCACAGUCUGUUCAAGUGAUGGUGUUUCUUAAGCUGAUUAAUGACGUGCCUCCCCCUUGUGACAACCUAAAGCCCCAUGACCUGUGUUUCUCUGACAUGGACCUAUCAUUUCACAUCAGAGAGAACAAGCCACCUGGUAACUUCCAUCAGAUGAGAAUCCUGCCAAUUCAAAGUCAAUGUCAGAACGUUAGCAUCGAUUAUGCAUUAGUUACAGAAAACAGGCUGCCUUUUCAUUUUGAUGGAGAAACUAUGGAGGUCAGCGUGUCACAGUCGCUUGACCGGGAGGAUCAGGAGAAGUACGAUAUGAUAAUGAGGUGCACAGUCAGGAACGGGCUCACGGAAACACAGGUGGAGGAACCCCUUCUUGUAACUGUUCAUGACGAAGAUGAUACUGCCCCCUUCCUUCCCAACAGCACAGAUACUGCAGAGGCCAUUGUCGAGUUUGACAGGAAAGAGGGAACCGUCAUAGCAAAAUUGAUUGUGCACGAUGCAGACUCGACUCCGAUCUUCCCCAAAGACAGCAGCAGUAAAAAAUACACAGGCACCUUAAUAACAAAUGAUGCAUGGAUUCGGGAAUCAUUUCGUCUGGACCACAAUAUAAUGGAGACUUACUUCACUACCAACAGGAACGAAGUACGAGGAACCCUCCAUGAAUUCAAGCUUGUCCUGAAUAAAACUCUAUCAAUCACAGAAAAUCGAUCCUUCCGAGUGGAUGCCCUUGUGAAUGAUACAGAGUAUUCUGGGCCAGAGGGUCUGUUGAUGCUGCAUUACAAUGUAACCAUACUCCCAGUUAAUAUCAAGUUUUCCAACAUCACUUACCAAUUCAUAGUCAACAGAAAUGCAGCACAUUUUGCACAGGUAGGACGGAUCUGUGUUGAAAACUGCCAGAGUUUCCGUGGAAUAAGCAUCAGUUAUAAGUUAACAUCUGUGAAUUCCAGCUGUUAUCCUUUAUCAAUUCUUCAAGGAAAACAUGACAUCUUUGGCACACUUUUUGUCAACACUUCCAAUGAGAUCACCAGGCCUGAAUGCAAAGAAAUUCAUUAUAUCAUCACAGCAACAGACAAACACAGCAAGAAGCAAGCCAAAACGCCUGCCACUGUUCUGGUUGAAGGGCCAAGUAUAAAAAAAGAUGCAGAAUGUCCUACUUCCUGUGCAGAAAAUAAGCACCGGUCAGACUGCGAGGAAUGUGAGGGCUUGGGUGUUCUGUCUGGCAGAUGUCAGUGGCGACAAGGUGACGGCAAAGGAAUCACUAGAAACUAUUCAACAUGUUCUCCAAGUCUUCAGACAUGUCCUAAUGGAUACUGUGAUGUUAUUGAGAGCAGAAAUUCAUCCAUAUGCCCGCAGGACUGCACAAAGGUCAACAUUGUUGGAGGCUACGAAAGACACUCCACCAUGGGAAUUGCUGCAGGUCACGGUGUAUGCUACUGCUUUCCAGAUGAGAACUGUUACUGUGAGAAGGAAGAUAUUAACGAGCCUGUUUGUGAUGACGUCUGUAAAACUGUGAUUGCAACAGGAGUUCUGCUGUCUUUCAUCAUCUCAGUGCUGCUGUCUACGUAUUUCAUCCAUCGGUAUCACAAGAAUUCACCAAAGCCACCAAUUGCUUCUGCAGAGAUGACCUUCCGUCGCCCGGCACAGUCCUACCCCAUCAGUUACUCUUCUAGUAAUGUCCGUCGCCCUUCACUAGACUCCAUGGAGAAUCAAGUAUCUAUGGACACUGUUAAAAUACCUGAAGAUCCAAAGUGGGAGUUCCCAAGAAAGAACCUUGUUCUUGGAAAAACACUCGGAGAAGGAGAAUUUGGGAAAGUGGUAAAGGCUACAGCAUUCCGGCUGAAAGGAAAGGCAGGGUACACAACAGUAGCUGUAAAGAUGUUGAAAGAAAAUGCCUCACAGAGUGAGUUGCGAGAUCUUCUGUCAGAAUUUACCUUGCUGAAGCAGGUGAAUCAUCCGCAUGUCAUCAAACUCUAUGGAGCCUGUAGUCAGGAUGGACCACUGUACCUGAUUGUGGAAUAUGCAAAAUAUGGCUCGUUGCGCAGUUUUCUGCGGGAGAGUCGGAAAGUCGGCCCUAGCUAUGUGGGUAGUGACACUAACCGUAACUCCAGCUACCUGGAUAAUCCUGAUGAAAGGGCACUCACAAUGGGAGACCUCAUUUCCUUUGCCUGGCAGAUAUCACGAGGGAUGCAGUAUCUAGCAGAAAUGAAGCUUGUCCAUCGUGAUCUAGCAGCAAGAAAUGUCUUGGUAGCAGAAGGGCGUAAAAUGAAGAUUUCUGAUUUUGGGUUAUCACGGGACGUUUACGAAGAAGAUUCCUAUGUGAAGAGAAGCAAGGGUCGAAUACCUGUCAAGUGGAUGGCAAUUGAGUCACUGUUUGACCACAUCUACACCACACAGAGUGAUGUUUGGUCAUUUGGAGUUCUGCUAUGGGAGAUCGUAACACUUGGUGGCAAUCCUUACCCAGGAAUUGCACCUGAGCGUCUAUUUAACCUGCUGAAAACAGGAUACAGAAUGGAAAAGCCAGAAAACUGCAGUGAAGAAAUGUAUAAUUUGAUGUUACGCUGUUGGAAGCAGGAACCAGACAAAAGGCCACCAUUCACAGAUAUAAGUAAAGAAUUGGAAAAAAUGAUGGUGAAAAGCAGGGAUUACUUGGAUCUUGCUGCAUCAACACCAUCGGAUUCUCUACUUUAUGACGACGGUCUCUCGGAAGAAGAAACGCCUCUUGUGGACUGUAAUAAUGCACCCCUCCCUCGAAAUCUCCCAUCCACAUGGAUUGAAAACAAACUCUAUGGUAGACUUUCACAUGCAUUUACUAGAUUCUAAUGAUAUUAUUAUUAUUUGCCUUUUUACUAUCUACACACUGUGUACCCAGAAGGGAUCUCUGCUGAUGGAAGCCUGCCGGCUCACAAACCAGUGGGAGUAUGAAAUGCCUUAAAUAAGGGGAGGGGAGGUGGUUAAUCUAUGCAUUUCAGUAACAGACAAAAAAAACCUCAAUUCAAGGUGGACAAAGGCCAAUUUGAUUCCAAAAACUGUGCUGCAGUUAUAUAAAUAGACAGUUUUAUAGGGCAUGGUAUGGCAUUAUUCACACAGCAUAUCACAGUUAAGUGUGUUGUGAUACUUAUCCUUCGUUUCUGUGCUGGAAGUACGGUUACUAAAAUAUGUUUAAACUGACAGAUGUUUAUUAUCUACAAAGAUUGCUGAUCAGGGGAAUCAGUCUGAAUGUUUUUAAACUGAAUACUGAUAAAUGCCUAGCAUAUUUUAUUAUUUUUGGUGUCCCUUAGAAGAUCAGCAUUUAUAUCAAAGGGGCGGAGGGAGGAUGUAGAAGGUUGCAAUUAAUAUAUGUCAUACUUUGAGAUGGCCACUGAAUUUGCAACUUUUAUUUGACUGGAUUAAAGGAAUGUGCACCACAGAUUUCUGUCAGCCAUUGACAAGGGAUACAAAAUAUCUUCCAUAUAAGAAAGAGGUUAGCAGUAUAUGCAAAAAGUGCUGAAAAUAUUUACCCAUGUCAUCUGCAGUUUAUAUCAGAGUUACAGCCAGGUUAAAGUUCAGAUCUGUCCUUCAGUUUAGAUAACCUUAUCACAAAGUCAUUUUGCCUCCUUAUAGUAUCAUAUAGAUACCCUUUGGUGCAUCAGUUCUGUUUUUCCCUGCCACCAACUGUAAAGAACCCAACACUUUAAACUAUUCAAAUAUAUCCAUAUUUAUUCCUGGAAGGAAUUUAUUUCAGAAUCCAUGAUACACUGCUGAGUGUUUUCUUUUCCCACAAACUACAAUUUUCUUCCUGGCAGUGUAUCUUGUAGAGGUCAUGUGUACAGUGUAGCAUUUACUGAUCAGCAAUUGAGUAAUGGCUACAUAGCAAAAAUAUUUUAUAAAAUAAGAGAGAGAUUUCCAAGUGUGUUGAAAUGGAAACUUUAUUAUAUCUCAGUAAAUUAAGAACUAAUAAUAACAGAUAAACUAGUGCCUGAAGACUGUGGCUUCAGUGGCUAUGGUUCCACGAGGUUAGUGAUCAGAUGAGACUUUAAGAAGUAGAGGCAUCUGUUGUACUGCAACAUAAAUAAACAAACUAGUAAGAGCUUUCAUUUUUGGCAAGUGAAGUAUUCUUAUUUUUCAUGAAAUUGUUGAAAACUGCCUGUUGAACAGACAGCACAGAAACAUAUAGAGGCUUCUGUGGCAGAUCUGUGUCAUCUUACCCAUCAGUUACAAAUAAUUGAGCAAAAGUGCUGGGUCUGACCAUAUGACAGUCAAGGGUCAGUGUGGUAAGCUUGCAUGUAGUUAAUGGCUUUGCAUAUGUAACAGUAGCUACAAUUUUUCUUCUUUGUCAGAAAUGAGAUUAAAAUGUUAUAAGAAAGGUUUUAGCAGCUUACAUUCAGCACAAAUCAGACUAAAUGAGUUAAAAAAAACACUGGGACCAAAAAAAAAAAAAAAAACUCAACAUGGACUUUUUCAGAGACAGUUUAAGAAGUCACAGACUGGAAGCACUGCCAGUGUAAAAAUAUAAUAAGGUUUAUUCUGGCAAGGCUUUGUCGUAGCAGGAAACUACAAAGUACAAUGUGGGAGCCAAACACAAAAUCAUGUGAGUAUGGCAUAUGUUAUCAGGCCAUUUUGGAGAAUAAGAAGUUACAAAAUAAUAAACAGAGUGAUCCUGAAACAUUAUUACUGUACAGAGGAUCAAGGUAUAUUAAAUAUACUUUUUUCAAUUUCCUUUAAGAAACUAUGAAAUAGGGAAUUAUAUCGCUGAAUGGUAAGUUGAAUUUAUUUUAUUAUAUGUAAAAGGCUUUCACUUAAGUAGAAGAGUGGUUUAAAUGGGCCAAUUUCAGUUUCAGCUCAGAAGAAUAACAAGCUGUAUUGUUGUAAAGACAUGAUAUACCCGCGGUAGUGGUGCUGCGGUAGCGUUGUUGCCUCACAGCAAGGCGUUGUCCCG